AUGACUUCUCGUGGUCCUAUGCGUCUUUCAAAAAGUUAUCCUCAUCCUCAACAACAACAACAACAACGACAACAACCAUCACCACAACCAUCAUCUCAAUUUUAUCAACCUACAGCUCCUAAUCCUCAAUCACAAACACCUACAUCUUAUGGAGGCGAUUUUACAAUACCUCAACCACAAGCAUCUACAUCUUAUGGUGGUGAUUUUACGAUACCACAAGCACAAGCACCUCCAUCUUAUGCAACUGAUUAUAACAUGCAUCAACCACAAGCAAUGCCUUCAAACAAUACAUUUUUUUCACCACAAUCACAAGCACCUCCAUCUUAUUCAACUGAUUAUAACAUGCCUCAACCACAAGCAAUGCCUUCAAACAAUGCAUUUUUUUCACCACAAACUGCUUUCUAUGCUCCACCAUCUCAACAACAAAUGUUUUCUAAUCAAGCUAUGCCUGGAAUGGAAUAUUUUUCAAGUAAUCCACUUUUUAAUGUUGGUUUAAAUGUUGUUGAACAAGGCAUGAAAGAUAUAACAGGCAAAACUGUUAAUAUGUUGCCAAAUGAAAUGAAAAAAUCUUUAUCAUCAAUAAAAUAUUAUUUUGCUGUUGAUCAAACUUAUGUUCUAAAAAAACUUUGUUUACUUUUAUUUCCAUUUCGACCAAGAAAUUGGUCACUGGCAUAUAGUGCUGAUGAACCUGUACCACCACGUGUUGAUUCAAAUGCACCGGACUAUUAUAUUCCAUUAAUGAGUGCUAUAACAUAUGUUCUUGUAGCUGGUCUUGUUCUUGGUUUAAAGGACAGAUUUACACCUGAACAAUUGGGUAUGCAUGCAUCGUCUGUUCUUGUAUGGAAUAUAAUCGAAAUUUGUAUUCUAUGUUUUACAUUUUACAUUUUUAAUGUUCAAUCGAAAUUACGUACACUUGAUUUAAUUGCUUAUUGUGGUUAUAAAUAUGUUGGAAUGAUUGUUGCAUUAUCAUCAUAUUUAAUAACACAUUCAUUAUUUGUUUAUCAUUGUUCAUUACUUUAUGUUAGUCUAUCAUUAUCAUAUUUUCUUGUUAAAUGUCUUCGUUUACAAAUUUUACCCGAUACAGGUGGAUCUCAACCAUAUGGUUCCGGUGGAAGUAAACGUCGUAUAUAUUUACUUCUACUUAUUGUUAUUCUUCAACCAUUAUUUAUCUGGUAUUUAACACAACAUUUAAUUAUUUAUUAA